AUGUUGGACCAGAGUCUACUCCCAAACAACAUCUCGCUUGAGCAAUUCCAACAACUAUUAGGCAGAUAUGAGUCUUUAAUUGAGUCGAUAUCGUUAGCUAAAGGGACCAAGCCCGGUCAAAAGACUCUGUUGGAGCUGGAUCAAUUCAGAUACCGCGAUGCCGUCACCACGUAUGGCUCAGAGGAGUCAAAGCGUACAAUGACGCUUAACGAUGUUAAAACAUUGGUUGAUUGGAAGCUGCGCCAUGGCAAAUUCCGCCCGACACUCAUGAAACUCGUUUCCUCAAAUGACGAUGCACUUGUAGAGCGCAUUAUCCGGGAAGCAGUAGAAGAAUAUCGAACCAGCUUGGAUACGUCUAAAGCAGUACGCACCAUCACUAAUCUGAAAGGGAUUGGCCCUGCUACAGCAUCCCUUUUGCUCUCGGUGCAUGAUUCUCAUGGUGUCAUCUUCUUCUCGGACGAAGUAUUCUAUUGGCUAUGUCGUAAUGGACAAAAGUCUCCCAUCAAGUAUAACGCUAAAGAGUAUCAGGAGUUAAGUACUGCAGCUCAGAUGCUAACCAAACGGCUAAGGGUUGAUGCUGUUGAUGUUGAGAAAGUGGCUUACGUAUUAAUAAAUGAGGGAGCAUCAGAUGCGACGUCCGGGGAUGCAAAGACUGCUUCCCCGUCAGACGUCAAACCUACGCAGGUGGAUUCAUCAAGGAAACCGGCGAAGAGGAAGAGUAAUAUCUCCAACGACGCCACGGAUCUUCAAAUACAGGUUCGCCGAUCAAAACGAGGUAAAACCGCCACACCAAUAUAA